CAAAACGUUAAAAUCGCAUUAGCUGAAAAACAUUUUUAUACCAACGGCGCGUUUUUAAUUUUUUCUACACUACAACAACACGAAAAAUAUAUAAAAUAAACUAGACAAAGUAGAUGGCGAAAAGUAAAACCAAAUCCCAAAAAAUAACCAAAAACAAAACAACAACGAGUAAACUAAACUUUUAACGUUCGACAAAUUCAUUGCGCAUACAUAAGUAUAAAUAAAUAAACGCGUGUAUAUAGCGAAAUACAUAUAAUAAAUGAUAAUUCAAUAAUUUUCAAACAACAAAAGGUUCGAGCAACGUUCUGUGACGAAAAGCAAAAACAUGAGUGCUGGUGAAAAUCUGGAAAAUGUGGAAAACCAGAAUAAGAUGUUUAGAUGUAAUCGCAAAGAAAGUGUGUCAAGCCGUCCUCUUUACAAAGAAUCAACCCUAAACUAAAGUAAACUACGACUUUUUAAUGUUAUAAACCUUGAAAAGGACUAACAAAUCGCUGGUAGAAUAGCUGAGCAAGGCGUGACUUGUGUGUGACUUGUGAGUGUACAUAACGAACGAAAGUAUGUGAAACCGGGGCGCAGGAAUGGCCGCCCACUUGCCUCUGGCCCACCUUUUGUGACCGUGCGUGUGAAAUAAAAGAGAAAAGUCAACAAAAAAAAAAAAAAAGAAAAAGAAUACACGGAAAAUCAAAAAGAAAACGAACGCAACUACUACAAUCAGCGGCAAUGGAAUAGCGAUUCAAUGUCACAGUCAGCGAGCAGCAUCUAUGUGCACAGAAUCAGAUACAGAAUCAGAUACAGAUACAGAUACCCCUAUACAUAUACCCUCACACCUACGACGAAACCUACACAUGUGUAAACCGCUCACGUAUGUAGAGAAAAGCCAUAGCCGCAGAUUAGUGAGCCAGUUUUAAGGGGCCGACAUCGAAAGAAAGGCGAAUUCGACGACGACGACGACGACAAUCAACAUUCAUCAUACGCACCGUGGGACGCGGCGCCAAACGCAAAUGCAGCCCCUGAUCGAUCGGUACCAAAGAGCAUCCACCUGCCAUUGACGACUCUCAGCAGCGCGCCGCGCGUGUUGAUGUGCAGCGCAUCCGUGGGCACCGAAGGAUCCGUCACUCUGCAACUGCGUGAUGCGAACGCAUUGGAGGCAGCAGCCACAAAGACAGCAGCAGCAGCAGCGGCAGCCACAUCGACGACGUCACCGAAUGGCGCUGCAAGUGCGCCAGCGUCGACGCUAGAGAAUGCGCUGACCAUCGGCUAUCCGGAUCCGGAAAUGUUGGCAGAUGUCUUGGGCACCAUUCAGACAGCCUCUCUCAAGAACAACAACUCAAUCACAGCAGCAACUUCAAGCAAUAGCUCGACCAAGUCGACGAGCAGCAAUCAUCUGACAAAUCCCAACAAGAUAACCAUCACCAGGCGGAGUGUGCAGUCGGUCAGCACCUCGACGCACAGCGGUAGUAGCAUUAGUAGCUGCAGCAGCAGCAGUAGCAGCAGCAACAGUGGCAGUGGCAGUGGCAAGAGCAACACCAGCUACAUCAAGAACUGCUUGAUACGCAGCAGCAGCUGCAGCAACACGGUCACCAAUGUCACCACAUUGGCGCAGAUUAUGAGCAACAGCAGCACCAGCAGCGCGGCCAGUUUACUCAAUCAGCACAACAACAAUAGCAACUGCAGCAACAGCAGCAACUUCAGUACCGCCUCCUCGGUGGGCAGCAGCAUCAGCGUUGGCAGCAGCCACAGCCACAGCAGCAACAGCAGCAGCAGCAACUGCAGCAACGGCAGCAACAGCAACAGCAACGACAGCAACAGCAGCAGCGGCGGCGGCCACCGAUUGAGCUUCAAGGGCACCGGACGGCAUGUGCCCACGAGCGGAUUAGGUUCAUCGGCGGCAUCAUCGACGAGCACGAGCGGUACUGGCAGCGGUAUUGGCGGCAUUGGCGGCAUUGGCGGCAUCAUAAGCGUUGAGGCGCCCCGCAAAAAUCGACCCAAAUUAUCAUCGCCAACGCGUCACGGACCGCAGCAGUGUCAGAUUUGUUGCAAGAUCUUUGGAAAUGCCUCGGCGCUGGCCAAGCACAAACUGACGCACAGCGACGAGCGGAAAUACAUCUGUGCGCUCUGCUCGAAGGCAUUCAAGCGGCAAGAUCACUUAAACGGACACAUGAUGACUCAUCGGAACAAGAAGCCUUACGAGUGUAAGGCGGAUGGCUGCGGCAAGUCCUACUGCGAUGCCCGAUCACUGCGGCGCCACUCGGAGAACCACCAUGCCGGCGGAGCAGCCACGCCCACCACCAGCCAAUCGCUUUCGCCCACCGCCAGCUCGAGCGGUGCCAGCAAUAGCAGUGGUGCCGGCGUGGCCACCAGCUCCUUGAGUCUAUCGCCGGCCACGGCCAGCGGAGAUGCCAGCUCCCCGGACGGCGCCACCUGCAUUCGAACGUACAUUUCCACGGGCAGCUCGGUGGUGGACGCCGCCACCGGGAUCGCCCUGUCGGACGAACAGAUCAAGGCGAUGAAUCUGCCGAUCAAGACGGGCGUCACCUUGCUGUCGCCCACCACCUCGACCUCGUCGAAUGCCUCCUCCUCGGCCUCGUCCGCCAGCUCGUCGCUUUCCUCGACGGGUUCGGGUUCGGGAUCGGUAUCGGGAUCGGUAUCGGGAACUGGGUCGGGUUGCGGAUCGGUAUCCAUGCCAUCCCCGUCACCGUCGAGUGGCUCAGUGAUAGCCGCUAGUUCGCCCACCAUCACGCUCAGCGAUGGGAUGAGUCUCGAGGGCGAGGGUCUCACGCGGGAGCAGUUGGAUCUCAUCAGCAAGAUAAUGCAGCAAACGAAGCAGACGAGUGCCCAGGUCACCGUCUCCUCGCCCACCAGCGUCAGUUCCUACAAGAUCAACACCAACUCGUCGCCAUCGCAGAACAGACCGCGCACCUGGAACAUGCAAUUGCUAAAUAGUGCACAGAAUGUGACUGUCACAGUCGAGGACAACUCUGAGCUCGCCACUCCCUCCUCCAACUCACCCGUGGAGGUCAAGGAGGAGGAGCUGAGCCCACAGCUGGUGGGCAACAUGAAUCCCCACCUGCUCAACAUCGUGAAGCUCGACAAGCCCGUGGAGUGCAAUCUCUGUCACCGCAAGUUCAAAAACAUACCCGCCCUCAACGGGCACAUGCGUCUGCAUGGCGGCUACUACAAGAAGGAUCCGGAAACCAAGCGCAGCGAGAAGAAGGACUCCAGUGGUCCGCCCCUGCAGACGGCCAGCAUUGGCGUGCGCGCCCUCAUCGAGGAGAAGAUCAUCAGCAAGCGCAAGGACAUGACAAAGGGCUCCUUUGUGGUGCCGGCACCACCGCACAGCAGUGGCACCACCACCACGCUGCGGCGAUCGAUCAGCGACCUGGAGAGCUUCCUCAACCCGAAGACGAGCACCAGCAGUCACGCCCAGACGAUGACCACCACCACGGGCACCACCACAGCGGUUCUGCCGGCGGCCACCACCAUCAAGAGCAGCAACGGCCUCAGCAUCCAGCAGAUUGGCCUGCCGCAGAGCAUCGAGAUCUUCAGCGGCGGUCAGAAGCAGGCGAAGACGCUGAACCUGGGCACUGGCACCAACACGAUCACGAUAACCACCAACAAUGUACCCACCACCACGACGAUGAGUGCUCUCACUGCGCUGAAAGCGGGUGGCACCAUCAGUGGCAUCUCCACCGCCACCAACACGGAUCCCAAGGACUCCACACUCAUCGAGCUCCUGAAACGCGGCACUCGCAUUGCGGUCACUUCGAAAAAGAGCCAAUCCCAUGGCCAGACGGGAUCCAGCAUAAUGAUGACCUCCAGCGGAGCGGCUACAAAUGCAGUGGGUGCUGUCACCGAGCUGACCACCAUCGGUGCCGGCGGAGGAGUGCAGACGGUGGGCCGCCAGAUCAUCACCAACAACAACCGCACCGUGAUCAUACCCUCCGAUGUCCAGGUGGUGUCCACCAAGAGCAAGCUGAGCAGCUUGAGCAGUCUGGUCAAGAGCAAUAUGGUCGGUAGUGGCACCUGCUCCUCGGGCAAUCUUUCGCUGGCCGAUGGCACGCCGCUUUCCCUGACAAUUGCGCCCAAUCAGGAGGUCACCGGCGGUGGAGGCAACUCCGGCGGAUCGGGUGGUGUGAUCACGAGCGGGGGUGGUGGAGUCUACACGGUUACCUACACCAGUGAUGGCACCGAUCUCUUCGACGAUGCCGAGGUCUACAACGUUUCGGACACCGAGAUGCUGCUGCAGACGGUGGACUCCAUGGAGCUGCUCAACGACGAGGAGAUCAAGAGCGAACAUUCCGAGGACUUUGCCCUGCUCAGCGAGGCCGGCGACAGUGCGCACACCCAGCUGGUGAAACUGGAGCCGGAAAGUGGGCAGGCCAACUCCGGAGCGGGAAGCGUAUCCGGCGCCAACACCACGCCGCUGCCCACCUUCCAGCAAUUCCAUUCCAAGGAGCUGAUCAUGCAGAACAGUUCGCAGAUCCAGGCGAUAGCCAGCAUGCGUGGAAGUGGUGGUGGCAUCCUCGCCUCGCCGCUCCACUCGCCACUGGCCUAUCCCACUCCGCCGUCGAGCCACGAGAACAUGGCCCAGAGUUCGCCCUUCAUCGAGGAUGCGGCUGCCCAGUUUGUGGACGCCAGUAACACCUUCUUCGGCGACAAGACGGACUUCUCGCACAUCUAUUUCAAAACGGAUGAGGGGGAGGCCACCAUUGAACAGCUGAACGAGCACGACAACGAGAAGAUCCUGAAACUGAAAUCGGUGCUGGAGGAGAGCAGCUUCGAUCCCUCGAUCAAAGUGGAGGACCUGCUGAAUGGCACAGACGAUGACACGGAGUGCGAUCUGCGGGAGUUUGCCGAGACUAAUCUGUCGUUUCUGGACGAGGAUCAGGAGUUCCUCAAUGACUCGAGGAACGCCACCUCACCGCUCUCGGAAUCCUUCUUCACCAGCGGCAUCGGCUCCGCGGAGGAUGUGAAGCAGGUGUUGCGAGAAGUCCUGCCCGAUGAGAACAUGCAGCUGCAGCUGAGCAGCGAGCAGCAGGGCGAGAACAUCAUCGAUCUCUACUAUCUGCCUGGCCUGGGCCUGCAAUCCCAGAUGAUGCCCAAUUCGGAGGACCCGCUGCUCUCCUCCUCGCCGCGGGAGUUUGGCCAGCAACGACAGCAGUUGGCCAUGCAAAGCACCAGCAUGCAACAGCCCAUGGAGCAGUCGCUUCAGGACAACCACAACCUCUACCAGCAGCAGGAGCAGCAGCAGCAGCAACAGCACUCGCAGCAGCAGCAAGAGCCACACCAGCAGCAGCAAUCCCAGCAGGAGCAGCCACCGCAACAGGAACAACAGCAGCAGCAGCAGCAUCAGCAGUUGCUGCUGCCGCAGCAGGCACUCAAUCAAACGGAAUCCCUGCCGGCGGUGGGUCAGCAGCAGGGUGAUUUCAUGCUGCCCCUGGUGGGUGGUCAUGGAUUCAGCCAAGUUACCAGCCAAACACAAUACAUUGAUGGCAGCCAGGGCGGCAUGGGGAUGCAGCCCCUCAACAGCCUGCUGCAACCACUGCUCUAUGGUGGGGCAAGCACAUCCAAUGGCAGCGCCUCGGCCGGGGGCAACGAAUCUCUGCUCACCACCGAUUGUCAAAUGAAUGCCAAUCCAGGCCAGAUCGAUACGGGCCUGUUGUUCGCCUGUGGCAACACGACAACCAUGACAGCCCACAAAUCCCUGGCGGCUCUCGUGCCAAGUCCGCCGAGUGUGGCUAAUCUGCAGCCCUUGUCCAACCAAACCAAUUCCAUUCUGAAGCGCCGCCUGCGCUCCAAUGCGCCCCAGGAGACGCACAAGUUCUCCAAGUUCCACACCCUGUCGCCGCAUCGUUCCAAGCUGCGCAAGCCAUCACGUACCCACUAUACGCCCGCACCCAUUCUCAAUCCGGAUCGCAAGGGCACCGGGCUCUACUGCAAUGUGCGCAAGCAACUGGGUCAGGGUUUGUUCGACGCCUUCGACGAUGACUUCGGGGACUCGGUGGGCCUGGUGGACUUCUCGGACGAGUCCAAGGUGAACUUGGGCUCCACCUACCAGGCGCAGAUACCCAGCUGCCGGCCGCUGGAGGAGGCAUCGCGCGAGUCUGCGGGCGCCGAGUUGAUGUGGAAUCCCGAGGUGCAGGAGGACGAGAAGAUACUGAUGCGCUACAUUGAUCUCAGCAAGUCGUCGGCCGUGCCCAUGGGCAGUCAUUCCGAGGAGGUGGCGCUCCAAACGCUGCUGCGGGCCAAAGGAAACUCGGCGGCGGCUGUGCUCAGUCUACUCCAAACGCAGUCCGGCGCCUUCCAGAUGAAGUGGACCGCCUACGAGCUGGAGCAGUUCUUGCGCGGACUGGAAAAGAAUGGCAAGGACUUUGGCAAGAUCGCCAGUGAGCUGCAGACGAAAUCCUCCGGCGAGUGUGUGCAGAUGUACUACUUCUGGAAGAAGCUGUGCGUGGACUACAAGGUGACGCACUUGAAGAUGGAGCCCGUGGUGGUGAUUGCUCCCCCGGUGGAGAAGCCCUAUGUCUGCGAGAUCGCCGACUGUUCAGCGAGCUUCAGUUCGAAGGCGGCGCUGCACGGCCAUGUCCGCAUACACGCUUAUGGUCGCAGUGCCAGCAGCAACUCGAACAACAACAACAACAGCAGCAGCAGCAGCAACACCGGCAGCAGCAGCAACAUGCAACACGGCGCUGCAAGCAGUGGCAGCUCCGGCGGCAACAACAGCAGCAGCAGCUACGCAUGCGCCACACUGAGCAGCAGCAACAGCAGCAGCAGCAACAAUGCCAGCAGCAAUGCCGCUGCAGCUGCAGCAGCACACAGCAGCAACAUGGCUCAAGGCGGCAGCAUCUGCAGUGGCCAUGCGAGUGCGGCAAUAGCGACGUCUGCGCUUUCGACCACGCCCAAAUUGGAGGCGGGCAUGGGCGGUGCCACGAACAUAGCCAUUGCCAAGGAGGGCGAGUUCCCCUGCAAGGUGUGCGGCAAAGUCUUCAAUAAGGUGAAGAGUCGCAGUGCGCACAUGAAGACGCACCGCGUCCAGGAGCCGGACCAGAAGCACCAGCUGAACCACCAGGCUGGAGCCGGCCACCUGGCCACCGUCGCCUCAUCAACCAUAACCGCACCAUCGUAGACACCGAUCGACGAGGAAUGAACGAGGAUAGGGUAUCCAUGCAUAGGGUAUCCAUGGGACGUUUGUAGCAAACGAACAAAAAUCGAUUGACAAUCGCAUUAAGCAAGCGGCAAGCAUUGUUUACCACUGUUAGAAUUUAUGCUUAGACGAAUUUGAAUCUAAAAAUCAAUGUCACGUGUACGUAGUAGUUAAAGGCAUUUCUUCACUAGGUCUAUCUGAAUCUAUAUCUCAAGCCUCCUCUUCUUCAAUCACUUCUCUAUCUAUCUAUCUAUCUAUCUAUACCCUAAGUAGAAGACACUGCGACUCGCUGUAGGUUAUAAGUCUAGCCAAGGAUUGGUACAAGUUCAAAUUGAAUUGUUAUUGACUAUUGUAGGCAAGUGCAAUAUUUAUGUUGAAGUAACACGAAAUACGAAUACGAAUAUGUAAAUGUAAAUGCGAAUGUACAUGUACAUGUACAUUUAUACCUACCGUUUUUUAUAGUAGGCGUUUAUUCAGCUCGACUCGACUGUAGAUGUACUCUAAAUCUAAAUCUAAAUUUAAAUCUAAAUCUUAACGUAAAUCUAAAACUAUACUACAACCAUGGCUAAAGCUAAGGCGAAAUCCCGAUCUAUGAUAAUUACUAGUGCAUAAUUACUGUUAACUACAAGUUUUUCUACUCAAAUACUCGUACAUAGUUGCAACACACUACACUGAUACUUUACUAGGGCGAUAAAUGUGUAGGGCGUAAGAGAAUCUCUAUAUAUAUAUAUAUAUAUAUACAUACUUGAUAUAUAAUAAUACAAGCCUAGGUGUACGAUGUAUGCGAUAUAUGAUUGUUGUUCUAGUUUUAACGACGCAAGUCAGCAACUCCGAGUAGUUGAAGUUUUACUUAGAUUGUACUUACCUACCUACAGACACCUAAACUAUUUAACUAUGGCUUAGAAACCGCAAAAAAAAACCCAAGAGAAAAUCUAGUGAAAUCAAGUGAUAUUGAGUGAGAUCAAAAACGAUUUUAGCUAAACGUGAACAAAAUUCAAUGCACACCAAUGUAAAUGGAAGUUGAGAAAAGUUUUAACUUUACUUUUAACGACGCAAAGUUGUAGGUUGUAAGACACACUGUACAUACGAGUCUAGCAAAUUAAUCAGUUAAGGAAGGAUAUGUUUCAAAUUUCUCCAAAACGCAUAAAAGACAUUAAUCUAUUUAUAAUUCUAGAGCCCCCCUCCCCCUGACCGCCCCUUUCCCCGCCCUACAACAAAAACGAACACAAACACACAGACAACGAGGGUUUGAACUUCGAACUUUGAGCCUUGAACCCCAAAGAGCCCACACCCACACAAAGAGACACUCACAGUGCAGUUUUAUAUAGGCCUAGGAUAUACAUACAUAGUUAUUAUAUACAAGCAUAUAUUAAAUUAAAUGGUACAACAGUAAAUCUGCCAGCAAUUUGAACAACAACAAGAAUCACACGUUUUCCAUUUGGACAGUGAGCUAAUGUACUACAACAAAUUGAUCAAUUGAUUCAGCGUUUUUGAGGCCGAUGCCGAUGCCGGGUAGUAUGUUAUUGACAAUGGCGUAACUUAAUCUAGUUUAAUGUAAACCGAUGCAUGCAGGGCUAAAUCGAAAACCAAAUGAAAUACUUACGUUUAGUCUAAAUACCUUCCUUCCACGCCCCUUUCCACGCCCACGCCCUAUCUCACUGACCCGCAGAUCCGGACAAAAACUUGGAGGAUGGGAACUAUUAGCAAUUUUUAUGGUUGUAUUCGCCGGAAAAGUGAAAUUAAUCAGGAGUUUGUAAAUAAAAUACAUGCGAGAUGUACAAAAUAACCCGAUGUGGAGAACUUAUCCAUAUGCUGUUCUAUUUCCUUGGCCUUGUGUUCGCAAUAGCAUUCGUAAUCAUAAAAUAGUCAUAGAUUUAGUUGACGGACAACAUAAUUCUUGCAUAUUUUUCGGUGUUAUAUACAAUAAGCGUAAGCAGAUAUACAUGAAAACCAAUACAGCUACAGCAGCCCACCAUAUGAAGCACAUUCAGUAACUGUUUGUUGUGGGCCUUCGAAGCCGUUUAAAGACUUUCUCGCGUACAAAUACCAGCCCGAACAUCUAUGUAUAUCCGUAUAUCCGUAUAUCCGUAUAUCCGUAUACCCGUAUUCCCAUCUGUAAUAAUCGUGCUUGGUUGUCUGCAUUUUAUCUACGCAUCUUCUGUUUCCGUUUCCGCUUAUGUUUCCGUUCCCAUUUCCAUUUCCAUUUCCGUUUCCGCCUGAGUUCGUGCAACCACACUGUUCGAUUCUAUUCUAUGCUCAAAUGCCUUCAAGCGAAUAUAAGUCUUAAGUAUUAUUAAAUAAAGUAUCCACAAAUGAGUGUUUAUCCUUAAGUAAGUGUUCAAAUCUAGGCUUACGUUAGCUUAAGUUGACAUGAGUGUGCACUUUGUUGCUUUUCAAAAAAGUUUCCUAAAGACAAUGAAUGGAUAAAUGUAGAGUUAGGCAUCUGCUCGAACGUCUAGUCAAAUGCCGUAGUUUAAUUAUCACCUAAUUUAUUUAUAUUUCAUUUUAAGUUUCAAUUACUGUGCCAAAGUGUUUAUCGUUUACCAAUUAAAUGAUUUCAACUGUUUCAUUUUUCCACGA